AUUAUGAGUGAGACUUAUAAUCAAUAAGAUAUAAAAAUGAAUAAUUAAAAAAUAUUGUUGAUACAUUAGGAAUUGCCUCAAAAGAUUGAUAAAAAGAAGAUGAAACAGGAUUAUGAUUGCUGA